GCGACGCUGCUGCGUGCCGUGAGUUACUCCUCCCAUCUGUUUUAAGCAGCAGGUUUCCUUAAGAAAUUCUCACUAACAACGCUAAGUUCAUAACACACUUGCUUUGGUUGAAAUGAACUUUCCAGACUACGAUGAUAAAACGGCGUUUCUGGGCGACUGGGGACGUUUUCAAAAGACGAUAUGUACUCUUCUGUGCUUGAGCAUUAUUCCUAAUGGCUUCCACGGUUUAUCGAUGGUCUUUUUUUGCGAUACUCCCGCUCAUUAUUGCCUGAUUCCUGGGGAUCUCAACAUCACGGGUGAAUGGAGGAACGCUUCUGUCGCUCGAGACGAGGAUGCCGGAGAAUCUCGAGUCAGUAAAUGCUCAAGACACAGAUUGGAUAUCAUACAAAACUAUUCGGACAGAGGAUUGAAUCCCUGGGUGGAUGUGAAUGUCUCCACUAUUCCCAGAGAACACUGUUUAGACGGGUGGGAGUAUGACAGAAGCACGUACAUCUCCACGAUUGUUACAGAGUGGGAUUUGGUGUGUUCAGAUGACUGGAAACCUCCACUGACCACAUCAAUCUUUUUCUUUGGAGUUUUGGUGGGUUCUGUGAUCUCUGGACAGUUGUCUGACAGGUUUGGCAGGAAAAUUGUGCUCUUUGCUACCAUGGGGAUUCAGACAGCAUUUUCCCUAAUUCAAAUCUUCUCUCCAUCUUGGUUGAUCUUCUGUUUGUUGGCUUUCGUCGUUGGAAUUGGACAAAUUUCUAACUAUAUGUCAGCAUUUGUUUUAGGAAUGGAGAUAUUGAGUGGAUCAGUUCGGGACAUCUUCUCCACUCUUGGUGUGGGCAUUUGCUUCUCAAUUGGGUAUAUGAUACUCCCAUUGGCUGCAUACUUCCUACGUGACUGGAGAAUGCUACUUAUUGCUCUAACCAUUCCUGGUUUCUUCUACAUACCCCUUUGGUGGUUUAUUCCAGAGUCUCCACGGUGGCUGCUGUCUCAGGGAAGAGUAAAAGAGGCUGAAGCAAUUCUUAGAAAGGCUGCUAAGUUGAAUGGGGUUGAGGCUCCUGAUGUCAUUUUCCCCCAACUCCAGUUAAUGGAAAAGCCUGAAAAAAUGCAGACCUACAAUCUCUUUGACCUGGUAAAGUCCACCAACAUCCGCUGCAUUACUGUCCUGCUGUGCAUGGUCUGGUUAACUGUUUCCAUUGGAUACUAUGCUUUAUCUCUAAACACAUCCAAUCUACAUGGGAACAUCUAUGUAAAUUGUCUGUUAGCAGCUGUUGUGGAAGUUCCUGCUCUCAUCAUGGCCUGGCUGAUGUUUCGCUGCUGGCCAAGACGGCUCUGCUUGUCUUCUACCUUUUCAUUAGGAGGACUCGUUCUUCUUAUUUUACACUUCAUACCAGAAGAUAUGAAUUCAGUUUUCAUUGCGUUGGUGAUGUUGGGAAAGUUUGCCUUCACAGCAGCCUUCGCAAUUGCCUACCCUGCAAGUGCCGAGCUUUACCCCACCGGUCUGAGGAACUCUGCAUUAGGAAUCUGCUCAAUGUCGUCCAGAGUCGGCUCCAUUACUGCACCAUACUUCCUCUACUUAGGAAGCUACUACAGGUCCCUGCCUUACAUCUUAAUUGGCAGCCUAAAUGUUUUCUCGGGGUUGCUAUGUCUUCUCCUUCCAGAGACUUUAGGAUCUCCUUUACCUGAGGCUAUCAGUCACAUGCAGACAGUAGUUAGAUGUAAAAAAAGACAUCAUUGUACUUCAACUCGUUUUUAGUUCAUCACACAAAUUUGAAAAGGAAAGCAUAUCUGAAAAGACACUUUAUAGAUUCUUAACAAUUUGAUUGUUUGAACACUACUUGUUAAAGGGGUCAUAUUGUGAAUAUCUGACUUUUUCCAUGUUAAAGUGCUAUAAUUGGGUCCCCAGUGCUUCUAUCAACAUAGAAAACGUGAAAAAAUCAACCCAGUAACUUAGUUUUGGUAAGCUAUUCUUUGUAAGCAUGAGUAAAAUUUUGUUAUGUGAGGUAGGUAGCAAGGCCAAUUAUAAAAAUACCACCCCUUCGUCUGCACUAUCCAACCAAGGCACUGCCAUCUAGUGCAGAGAGAAAGAUAAAAAAUAAUUGACAGCAGAAUUGAGUUUCAAAUGCAACAAACUACCAUCAUUGCGAUCAGUGUUUGCAUUUCAUCAGCUCAUUUGCAUUUUAAAGGACACACCCAAAAAUGGCACAUUUUUGCUCAGACCUACAAAAUGGGAAUUUUAACAUGCUAUAAUAAAUUAUCUGUGGGGUAUUUUGAGCCCAAACUUCACAUACCCACUCUUGACUUAUUUUACAUUUAAAAAUCUCAUAAUAUGACCCCUUUAAAAACUAACCCCUUCACCCAAACUUCUCUGUGUCAUUUUUUUUCUAAGUGUUAAUUAUACACACAUCAUUCUCAAUUAGUAAAUUAGGAAUAAUAUAUUAAAAUAAUUCUUAUCAACAAAAAGGUUGAGACCUGUUUUACACGGCACACACACUUUAACUGGUGCAUUAACACAGCAACAGCAAACAUUUUGCACUUUUCACUUUUUUAAUUGUAGCAAAGCAGCUUUAUAAUAAAUACAAAGUAGUAUAGACGAGUACAGUAGCAGUACUAACUGCAAUAACAAUCACAGGGAUGCAAACUUAAUUUAUCAAAAUAGGUCAUUGUUGUGUUUCGUCUAAAUCCAAUGAGUUUUGAAAGUGGGGCUAUGCAAGGUCAGACUUUAGACAGGGUCAUUGAGAAUUAAAUUCUAAAACUGAUUGUCCAGAUCUUGUGGUAGUGAUGUCAAAUCACUAUUCACCUUGUUGGGUUAUGUUAUACUUUAAUUUGUUGCCGAAGUUUGCACAGAUUGAGCGGGCAUACUCAAAUUAUGAAUCAAUGAUAUAGUCGAAUUUAGUCGAGUCUGUGCAAUACUGGCUUAUGUCUUAUGACUGGCAAAGCCAUCAUUAAGCAACAUGUAAAGGCGCGUUGGUUUGUUUUCUCUGAAAGGAAUGUCCCAGACCCAAGAAACAUAAUGUGGGGUAAUUAAAGCCCCAAGUCACGUCAACACAUAGUUGGAGGAGUGCCUUAAUUUAGGAGCCUUGCUGUGUAAAGGGAACCGUACAGGACAACACGUCUAUGAUAUGGCAUAACAUUGACAUUAAGUCUGGGAUACACUGCAGAAUUUUUGCACUCCUAUAAGACCUUAUCACACUGUGGGAUAUUUCUAUCUCCCAUAACCAUGUGGAAUAAUAUAUUAUUGUCAGAUAAGAUCCAAGAUGAACUUCUGCCGCAAUACCAAAAGAUAUAUAUGGUGCAAACAAACAAAAAAUGAAAAGAAACACAACAUAUCUCCAAAAGAACACCAUGCCCAUAGUAAAGCAUGGAGAUGACAGCAUCAUGCUUUGUGGCGUCUUUUCUUCAGCUGUAACUGGGGCUUUAAUGAAUAGCUCCAAAUACCAGUCAAUUUUGGCCCAAAACCUUCACUCUUCUGCCAAAACGCUUAAGAUGAAGAGAAAUUUCACCUUUCAGCAUGACAACGACCCGAAGCACAACUCCAACCAACAAAGGAAUGGCUUUACCCAAAUAAGAUCAAGGUUUUGGAAUGGCCCAACCAGAGUCCAGAUCUAAAUCUCAUCGAAAAUCUAGAGGACUGUGCACAGGAGACACCCAACCAAUUUAAAAAGGUCAAGAUGUGCGAAACUGAUUGACACCUACUCAUUAAGAUGGCAUGCUGUAAUAAAAUCUAAAGAUACUUAAAGUAAGUUUUAGUUUAAGCGUGUGCACACUUAUGCAACCUGCUAAUUGUAAAAUUUUUACUUGCCAUUUUUCACCCCAAAAUGAUUCUUAUUGUUAUUCACUUUAAUAUAUAGAUUGGAAUUUUGAAAUAAAGGUGGAACGGGUUCCAA